AUGGCAGCCGACCUUCUGCGCGACAUGGACGACGAAACGCUCCAGUUGAUCGUCGAGCUUCAGCAAGCCGACCUCCGGGAACCCCAGCAAGGCAGCUUCCAGCUACUCGAUGGCCAUCAAGAUGAUCAGAUGGCUCUUGAAUUAUACCAGAACGAGUUGGCAUCUCUCGAAUUCAUGGCCUUAGGCCGAGCUAUGGCGCGCCGUAUCGAAGAAGAAGGGGUUGCGGAGGCAGAGCACGGGGAACCCGUUGGCGAGGCGGCACAGCACUUGAAGCCCGCUGAGCAACCAUAUCAGCCUGAAAGUACAGCCGAAUGCGUAAUUUGUCGGGAGGUACACGAUACGCGCGAACUCUACGAAAACCAUGGUUGCCAAGACAUGUACUGCGCCGAUUGUCUUCGCGAUCUUUUCGAGGCAUCCAUUAACGAUGAAUCUUUAUUCCCUCCUCGGUGCUGUGGUCAUGCCAUUCCAAUCAACGACAUCUCGGGACAGUUGUUCUCGGACGACUUCGUGGAGAUCUUCCACGCCAAGUCGGUCGAGUAUUCGACAACGGAUCGAACAUACUGCUGCAUCCCCACUUGCUCUGCUUUUAUCCCACCUGCUACUGUUCAUGGAGAUGUCGGCACCUGUCCAGACUGUCGGGCCAGAGUCUGCGUUCUAUGCAAAAGUGCCGAGCACCAGGACCAUACUUGCACUCAGGAUGCUGCUACGCAACAGGUACUCCAGCUGGCCAAGGAGAACAACUGGAAACGCUGCCCUUCUUGUCAGGCCGUUGUGGAGUUGGGAAUGGGAUGCUACCAUAUCACCUGUCGUUGUCAAUCCCAUUUCUGUUACCUCUGCCUCGCAGAGUGGAAGAAUUGUCAGUGCCCUAUGUGGGAUGAAGGCCGACUCUUAGCCGCCGGUGAAGAGAGAGUUCAGAGAGACCCGCGAGCCCGGAACCUUGCACAAGAGGAGCGUCAGGCAGCAGUGCAACAGGCGCAAAUCUACAUUGAAGAGAACCACGAUUGUAACCACGCCUUUUGGAGAAGCAUCUCCAUCAACCCCAAUACCAGACAUCUGGGAUGGUGCCUGGGAUGUGACGAGAGGAUGUCCGUCUUCAUCUACCAAUGCCGUCAGUGCGAGAUCUUAGCUUGUCGCCGAUGUCGGUACAACCGUUUCCGCUAA